CAAGACCCCACAAACAUCCGCAAAAGAAACAGAACAACAGAACAUGUCCUCCACAACCACCCUUACCAUCACCAGCCACCAAAAGCGCCCAGCAGCAAACCACCACGCCACCCUCGCAGCGAAAAAGCAAAAGACUGUCAUAACCCUCGCCGAAUGCGACGUCAAUCAACCCCUUUUGGAUGCCCUCGAUGAUUUGGCCGCUGCCAUGGCCACACAGACCCGCUUUCGUUACCAAGCCGCACAGAUCCGCAAGGUGGUGGCGGCUCUGGCGGAUUUGAAAACUCCCAUUACGUCGGGAACGGCGUUGGCGUCUGGCAAACAAAAGAUCAAGGGGCUUGGCAAGACUACGGCUGCCUACAUGGAUGACUUUUUGUCCACGGGCACAAUUUCUGCCAUUCAGGAAAUCAAAAAUAACAAGACCAGCAGCAACAGCAAGAAGGAAACUCCCACAAAGACAAACAGCAAGAAGAACAAAAGCAGCAAUAAUAACCAGGCAGAAACAAUCCAGAUUGACGACGACAACGCAACGGGCAACAUCAUCCACAUCAAUCGGGCUCCAAUUUUGGCCUUGUGGGCCACCGUUGUCAGCCAACGCCAAGGAUACACCCGCGAGGAAGCCUUGACACAUGCCAAAUGGAUUCAAGUGGUUACGGCACGAGCCAAAGGAAAAAGUUUGGGCAAAUUUGGUGGUGGUGGAGGCGGCAACAACCAAGGCGGCAACAACAAUGACUCCACAACCACCAAAGACACCUCUGUAAAUGUAUGGUCCAGGAUGAAUAUCCCCGUCGAGUCGUCGGUGGCGGGACGUCGCUUUGCCGUCAUGAGUGACGGAGCCAUCGAUGCAGCAGCCAUGGAACGUUACUUGAAAAAGGCGUUGGGACAUGAUUUGGAAAGGAUCCAAGAGACCUUUUGGAAGUUGGCAAACAGCAUGGACCCUAUUUCUCUGCGAAAGCAAGCCUUUGAUUUGUACGUUGAGAUCCGCCCCGAUUGGCAGGGGUGGGGCAAAGCAGGCAAAAUGGACCUUGACAAAGUUUGCGCCCUCGUCGAUCUAAACAGUAAGAAAUAG